AAAGAAGGGUAGGAAGAAGAAGGCGACGGCGACCAUGUUGAUUUAGCAAGAGCAAACACAAUAGACAAAGUGGUAAAUGUGAGUUGAGAUUCAGUUGCGUUACACAUACGAACAUUUGAUCAGCAUCUAGAUUAACAUCAAGGUAAAACUUACGGUGGAGAAAAAGGUGACCGAGUUUUCAGUUGCUGGUCUGUUUACUGGAGGAAACCCGACUGGCUUCUCAUCUUGUACACACAUACACAUGCAAACUGACACACAAGUGCACACGCACGCACCCCACACAGUUGAGAUCUGUGGAGCAAUGGUAUUGGACGAAAUUCUACAUUGAAUUACAUUUGGUUGACCCAGCGAGGCAAAGUGAGUUAUUGGGAGUUUUUGGACUACAACAUCCCAAGAUUUGUUUUGUUUUGGAACCGUCAGGAACUUAAUCAUAAAGCAAGAAGCAAGAGGAUUCACAAAUUCAGAUUCACUAUCAGCACAUCUUCGAAUUGGAGUGAACAAAUUAUUUCCAUUUUUUUGAAGCGUUCUGAAAAAGCAGGAAUAGACUCUGUACCCAAGAGAAACACAGCUGUUUUGAUGAACUAACCUUUUUGUUUUUGGAUAGCAGACUAAGGAAAAGGAGAGAUUGAACUGCUUAAGCACGAGACGUGGAUAUUUUUCAGACUCUCUCCCUCGUUCAGUAUUGCCUUAGCUGUUGCAGUUGCAGGAUUUGUACUUUUGUGAGACUUGUCUGCAUAUAAUUUUCUAUAUUGUGGUCAGGUCUUCUAUAUUUAUGCAUAUAAAUGCUCAUUUCUCUUCAUUUGGAAGAGCUGGAGUGACACUUAUUUUUCAUGACGUCAGUUGCUCUUCUUGAAAGAGGCUACACUGUACGUGCACUUGUGUAUAUGUAAAUACUACAAAGACACUUCUAAAUAACUUUGGAUUUAAGAAAUAGAGUGCAUUAUAAAUGCUUUAUUAGUUUCUUUUUUUGUUGGUAUUAAUACUCUGGGAAGGGCGUUGAAACCUUUCAGAGAGGACAAAGCAAAAAGACUUUAACAAGCAGCAAACGAAGCAGCAUCAGCAAGGAGCAAACGAGGAGUACAAGAAAAAAAAAAGAAAACAAACCAGAAAAAAACAAACACAAAGCAAAACAAAAUGGCAACUGCAAGAACAGAAAGCAUGGGACCCGUGAUGAUGGGCCUGAACAAGCAGAACGGCCAGCUCCGAGGACAGCCGCCUAAAGCCGUGUCCCAGCCAGGACCCCAUGCUGUGAGCACGCCACCGGGAAAGGUGCCAGGGGGAGGCGGCGCCCCAAAGCCAGGAGGCGGACCCCAGGAAGGAGGAAUUAGGUUUGGCGAUGACUGGAAGAAGGCCCUACAGCUUCCCCCCAAAGACACAAGGGUCAAGACCUCUGAUGUGACUUCGACCAAGGGGAACGAGUUUGAAGACUACUGCCUGAAGCGGGAGCUGCUGAUGGGCAUAUUCGAGAUGGGCUGGGAGAAACCCUCCCCCAUUCAGGAGGAGAGUAUUCCUAUCGCCCUCUCCGGACGAGACAUUCUUGCGAGGGCCAAAAACGGAACGGGGAAGAGCGGGGCCUACCUCAUCCCCCUCCUGGAGAGGAUAGACCUCAAGAAAGACCACAUUCAGGCUGUGGUCAUGGUCCCCACGCGUGAGCUGGCGCUACAGGUGAGCCAGAUCUCCAUUCAGAUCAGCAAGCACCUGGGCGGCGUCAAGGUCAUGGCCACCACCGGCGGAACCAACCUGCGCGAUGACAUCAUGCGCCUGGACGAGACUGUUCAUGUGGUCAUCGCGACACCGGGGAGAAUCCUCGACCUGAUCAAAAAGGGUGUGGCCAAAGUGGAUAGAGUUCAGAUGAUGGUCAUGGACGAAGCAGAUAAGCUGCUCUCUCAGGACUUUGUGGUGCUCAUCGAGGAUAUCAUCAGCUUCCUGGACAAGAAACGUCAGAUCCUGCUCUACUCUGCAACCUUCCCCAUCAGCGUGCAGAAGUUCAUGAGCAAGCACCUGCAGAAACCAUACGAGAUCAACCUGAUGGAGGAGCUGACCCUGAAGGGCAUCACCCAGUUCUACGCCUACGUCACCGAGAGACAGAAGGUCCACUGCCUCAACACACUCUUCUCCAGGUUGCAGAUCAAUCAGUCCAUCAUCUUCUGCAACUCCACCCAGAGGGUCGAGCUGCUGGCCAAAAAGAUCACCCAGCUCGGCUACUCCUGCUUCUACAUCCACGCCAAGAUGAUGCAGGAGUACAGAAACCGUGUGUUCCAUGACUUCAGAAAUGGCCUCUGCAGGAACCUAGUGUGCACUGACCUGUUCACCAGAGGAAUCGACAUUCAGGCUGUGAACGUGGUGAUCAACUUUGACUUCCCGAAGAACGCAGAGACCUACCUGCAUCGCAUCGGUCGUUCAGGCCGCUUUGGGCACCUGGGCCUGGCCAUCAACCUGAUCACGUCUGACGACCGUUUCAACCUGAAGGCCAUCGAGGAGCAGCUGGUGACCGACAUCAAACCCAUCCCCGGCAGCAUUGACAAGAGCCUGUACGUGGCAGAGUACCACUGCAUCUCCGGGGCAGACGAGGAAGAGGAAACGGAGGCCAGGCGUGCCAUCUCGGCACCCAACCAGCCGUAAAGGUGAAGCCAUGAGCGAACGACCGACCAGCAGGACCACAGGAUUCUGCGAUGACAUCUGCUUUUGCACAAAAGCUUCACACUCCUCUAUAAGAAUAGAAGAAAAAAUCCCCCUUUGGCUUGUACCCUUUGUUCCUUUGUUCGUUUUCUGUUUUGUUUUCUCCCCCAUGUUUGUGCCAGAUUAUGGUGAAAAGUUUUUCGUUCUUGUGCACAAAUCUGAGGCAGGCGGCUCGUGUGGCCCAUUCUUUGAAGGAACCCUAAACAUUCCAUAGUCUCUGUGUGACUUGCAAUAAACAAACAGGACCGAGGGCCUGGCGGGUAUAAUACGACAGCUGUCACUCCUCUUGAUGGUUUUGGUAUAUUUAAGUUUAAAAAAUAUUGAAAAAAAAUGAAAUGGUUUCACAGGGAUGAUUUCAGAAACACAGAGGUGGGUUCACCUGCAUAUACACACACACGGGGCACAAUAGUCAUGUGUUCUGUGCUCAAUAGGGGCUGUGCAACAGUUUGCGUGCGCACAGUUACUUUUAAGUGUGUGCCCUUUUAAAACAAACACACGAUCUGUCACUUAAGUGCCUUAACUUCUGACAGGCCAGCAGUAGGUCUAGAGAUGUCGAAUAGGAAAACGCUGACUAUCCUAAAUAGCAUCAUCCUGAUGCAUUUGGGAUUUUUCUUUUUUCUUUUUUAAGACUUAAAUGAGACCGAAUAGUUAAAUGCUCAGUUUUGUUGGGCAGAACUGUCCAUUCAGUGUGGCUGUCUGUCACACUCUGAGUUUAGGGCAUGUCUGAUCCAUAAGAAAAACAUUUUGGAGGCUGAGGAUUUGCAAAAAAUAAGAGCACAAAACCCUAUGGUGCUUUUUAAAGUGAGGCGUCAUCUGUUUUUAUUGCUGGAGCAGUUUUCUUUUCAUGAAAAGGGUUUUCAUUUAGAUGUUUCAUAGGUUAUUUUCAAGCACCUGUAAGAAUGUGAGGAUGACUCUAUUAUUGAGAUGAGGUUUUGUUUUUUUGUUUUUUUUUUCCCUAGUUUUAUAUUUUUGUUUCGAUUGGCACAGGGCAACGUAUUUCAUGAGGGCUCUUCCUUUUUUCUUUCCUUUUUUUGCCCCGUAACUGCCCUUUUGAGUUUGAAAGAAUGUCCGUUUCCCAGGUAACUAUGCAUUUUUGCUGACUACUCUGCUUCGCACCUCAUUUCUUCUACAACUACUUGGCGUCUUUAAAAAAAAAGCCCUCUGUUCCUCAGUCCUUCCAUAGACACACAAUAACUCACAUCCUGCCAACAUUUAUUUUUUCUCGCUCUUUGCAUUGUGUUAUUUGACUUCAUCAUGAAAACCGCAAACAUGAAAAAACACUUGCCAAUCAUGGUUUAGUUCUUAGACAUGCAUUACCUUUAUUGUAUUGGGCCUAAUGGAAGACCACUUGUGACCUUAUGGCCUGGCGGGUUAUGUUUCCAAACUUGCGAUUGCAGGUUUUUUUAUGUGUGUAUAUAUAUAUAUUCUGUGCUGUGGGUCGCUAGAACGGAGCAUUUGGAGGAGUACACUGCUUUGGAGUUCAACUGGGAAGCUAAAGCUUCAUUCACACAGUAGCGUGUGCUCUGUGUUGGGUGGCCCGGCUUCUUUUGGAUAUGAUUGGACAGGAGAAUAGUGCUAAAGCAGAUGCUGUUGAAAUAAGAGUUGCCUGCCUUCCUUUUGUGCACAAAAAUGAUUUUGUCCCCUUUUUUCUCUCGCUUACAAAAAAAAUUGUUAAUGCUUUGCUGUUCGUUUUUUUCCCCCGUUUUGUAUUUCAUUCUGGCUAACAGGUGAAUGUAAAGCGACCCGUUUCUAUGACAAGCCAACUGUGCGGGGAACACCCUAAAGUUUCCCCUAUUCAUUAUGAAACCCACCCAAAUACCCUGUGGUCCUGCUGAACCUGUCAUCCGCCAUCAAAACAUGGUCGUCAAAGGCUAAAUUGUUAAAUGCUCCUCUUGCUUUGUCCUUAUUUUCCACUUUCCUUUUCGAUGCAGAGUGUGCAAGAUUUGUUUUUAUUUUAAGAUUUUUUUUUUUUUUUUUUUCCCUCUCCUCUUCCCCUCUCUCCUCUGUGUGUCCUGCUUGGCACCUCCAUUUUCUACCUGACUCGUGUCCUCUCUCUGUAGUGUGUCUUUGCCUGUGAGACAGGCUGUCUGUUUGACACUCACUGGAGUUUUUUUGUUUUGUUUUUAUUUGGGGUUUUUGCGCUCUUCUGAAGCAUAAACUGUAGCAUAUUCUAACUGGCAGCUGUGACGUACUUUUUUAAGUUUGGUCUUUUUCCCUGCUGCAGGUGAACGUAGUGGGGGGGUAGGGUUUAGGAGGGGAGGGUG